AUGAAGGGAUGCAAGGAAAAAGUUGGUUUGUUCUCGAAUCGAAAAAGCAGUGCUUCGACAAGCCAAGCAAGUCGUGUGAGUCUACAAUGGUCUGUGCCCACGCUAUCGGGCAAACCACCAAGCGCUCGGGGUGGCCACUCGUCGGUAAUAACAGAAGCGCAUCUUUUAAUUUUUGGUGGGCAUCAUUACGGCAGUGCUGGAGGGUUCGUGUAUCUGAAUGAUUUGCACCGUUUGAAUCUAAAGACAUCGUCUUGGGAAGAGAUGCUUUUGCCAAAGGAGCUGUCUCGUUCACGUCAGCCAAUUGAAGAUAGUGAAAAAAAUAUGUCUAUUGAGUUACCAGCUCCACGAUAUGGUCACUCUGCUAUACUUCUCAAUGAGGAUAAACGUAUGUUUAUAUUCGGUGGCCGUGGAGUUGAAGGUGAAGCUUUUCGGGAUAUAUAUUUCUUUGAUCUAAAAGCCUUAGCCUGGAUGCAGGUGCAAUGGACCACAGAUUCCCCUGCUGGACGCUACGGGCAUGCAGUAGCCUCGGUAGAUAAAGAAAAGAUGUUCAUUUUUGGCGGUUGGGAUGGCAAAAAGAGUAUGAACGAUAUGUGGUCUUUCAAUUCAAAAUCUUUUACUUGGCGUCGACCAAAAUGCUCUGGUCAGCCACCCACCCCUCGGCACAACCUGUCAAUGAUAGAUCUAAAUCAAUGGACAGGUGUAGAUGAUGGUCUUACCUCUCUACUCUUAUACGGAGGGUACACAGUGGUUUCAAACGCGUUGCCAGUAUACAACAAAGAUGUUUACAUUUUAAACGUUGCAGACUUGUGUUGGAGCCGUCCUAGAUUAGUUGGCGAAUAUCCCCCUGGCUCUUUCGGUCAAUCAAUGAACCUUGCUGGAGCUACCAGUGAAGCUAAAAUUGCAUUGAUACUUGGUGGAUGGUCCGGCACGGAUAGCACACCACUAUUUAUUGGAGACAAACAAGUCCGUGACCUUGUUCGAGAAACAGCGCGGAAAGAGCGAAUUCUUAGUAACGAAAAUGAUGCUAAUGAGCGCACUGAAAAACGAAAUAGACGCAAACGCAAGAUGCAACACGAACAAGACCUUCGCUGUGCAUCUUCGCAUGCACGCGUGUUGGAUUUGCAGGCUAUGGAGUGGCAUUGCGUGUCUGCGCACGGUGUCGCGGUAGCAAAUCGUUAUGGCCACACGUCGAACAUCGUAGGUCGUCACGUCUUUCUCUUUGGCGGCUGGGACGGCAAUCGAGCGCUUGAUCAACUAGUUGUAGGCGAGCUGUCCAUUGAUUUAGCUUCCACACCAAUCAGCGAUUGCUAA